AUGUCAGAAGAGCAACAACAACAACAAUCCACCAAACCCGUAAAGGGGAUUGAGCCGCGUCCCGAGGAUGUCUUGUGCGGUAAAGAUAAGCACUGCGUGCAUGCUCCAGGAUCGAUCAGAUUUAGAAGUAUCAUUGAGUCUUACCGAGAGCGAUACGCCAGCUCUUUGACCAAGUUUGACAAGAUGACAAUCACCAAGGAGAUCUAUGAAACACUGCGUCAAACGUCGAGGUUUCUGAAGUUCAAUCCAAAGGAAAAGGUGUGGGAAGAGAUUAGUCCCAUGGCCGCGAGGGAUAAGUGUGGCCAUGCUUUGCGAUUCGCCAAUCGCCUCAAGAGCAAGAAAAAACAUUCCGCGGCUCAAGAACGGGCCACUGCCACCUUGGCUGCUGCUCCCGGAGUGGUUACCCCAAGCAUGUCGUCAUCUCCCACCUCCACAAGUCUGGCGGCAGUGAAACCAAGCAGCGCUACAACGGGAGCUUCUGCCGCCGCUGCUAAACUACCACCUUUGGUGGGUCAGGCUGCUGCUGCACCCGUGGCUCAGGCUGUCUUUGGGGCUCCGCAAGGCGGACAGCAGGCGUUGCAAAUUCCGGCAUCCCUGUUACAGCAGCAUCAACCAUCUGCACAACAUUCCGUUACCAAUACCCAGCAUCAGCUCAUCUGGGGCGAGUUGUUGAAGAGAUAUGACACAAUGUGGAAUUCGACUCAGAUUCCAACGCUGGCGGGGCUCCAACAACACCUUGUGCCUUCGCCAGUGUCAGCGGCUGCUGCCAACCUCAUUCGGGCGGCCGCCGCGGCUCACCCCAUUGCCCCUGCUCCGGCACAACAAUUGCCACCCCUGAUGGUUGCAGCGGUUCCUCAGUCAGCUCCGGCUCCGGGUAGUGCUGCCCCGGCCAAUGUCGAAGGCGUUGCGGGAAGCAGUAGCAUCUUGAGUGGUUUUGGGUUGGGUCCUGCUGCAGCACCCGCUGCUGGAUCCCCCACUCCUGCGACGGGUGUCGUCAACCAGACGCGGAAGCCAACACUUGACGAUCUUUGCUCGAUUCUCUUGGCAGCGAAACAGCAAAAUGCGGGCGGCAACUGA